UUGGCCCAAAAUGGCCGCGCCGGUGUGCGGCGGGUGGUUUUGGCUGAGCGUCCUGGCCGGGAGCCGAGAGCUGCUGUGCGCCUGGCGCGCCCUGCACACUUCCUCGGCCUGCGCCAAGAACCGGGCGGCCCGAGUGCGCGUGGGCAAGGGGGACAAACCAGUGACCUACGAGGAGGCGCACGCCCCGCACUACAUCGCCCACCGCAAGGGCUGGCUGUCGCUGCAUACAGGUAACCUGGAUGGGGAGGACCAUGCUGCGGCGCGAACAGUGGAGGAUGUCUUCCUUCGCAAGUUCAUGCUGGGAACCUUCCCAGGCUGCCUGGCUGACCAGCUGAUCCUAAAGCGCCGGGCUAACCAGGUGGAGAUCUGUGCCCUGGUGCUGAGGCACCUGCCUCCCCACAAGUUCUACUUCCUCGUGGGCUACAGUGAAACUCUGCUGUCCCACUUUUACAAGUGUCCUGUACGUCUGCAUCUCCAAACUGUGCCCUCAAAGGUGGUGUAUAAGUACAUCUAGGACGAUCCCCUGUUUAGUUUCAAGCUCUAGCCUACAAAGGACAGAAAUGUGUGGGAAAGGAAUGAAGUAGAACAUGGAGAAAUACAGCGCAUCAGUACGAGGCAUCAUUUCCAAAGCUGCUGUUGAAUAAAUCUCUCUCUGUUGUCUUGCCUCUCAGUCUGUCUCUACUGUUUGGGUAAGUGAACUAGAGCAGGGUUUUUCGAGAGGCCCCAGGGCUCCCGGGAAAGCUGUCAGUUGUCUGAAAUUUAGGUAGUUGCUGUGGUUCAUUGAGUACUGUGUUGGGUACUUUAAAGUCCUUUAUAUUCUGUAGAUGGAAAGACUCAUUUUGGUGACUAUAAGGUAGCCAGAGUUAAUAUUUUAAAAACAAGACAAUAAGGACAUGUAUCAAAUAGACCAUGAUGCUUUCUUAUAACUUUAGAGAGAACUACUGUUAACAGUUUAUUGUGUUUUAUUUCCACAUAUACCUCUUUUCAGAAAUACUUUAAUGCAUAUUCAUCUGUUCAUUACAUAAACUUUUAAUGAGCUCCUGCAGUAUGCCAAGCACUCUUAAGUGCUUGGGAUUGAUUAAUGAGCAAAACACUCCAGAUCCUUAGUGACAGUUAUGUUUUAGUGAAGGGGGACAAGGGAGGGUUAGGCUUUAUUAAAGACUCCAAGGAGGUGAAGAGGGUAGAUAUGCAGGU